AUGACCACAAUGUUCGCACGCAUCAUAGUUACCUGUACAGUAGCUACGAUGCUUAUAUGUGUGUAUAUUGUCGCUGAGUGUAAAGUCAUCAAGGAAAACAAUGAAGUGGCGAUACGAUAUCUGCAGAAAUACGGUUUUUUGAACGAGAAGAUGGAUACGUUUGCCACUAGUGAAGAUCAGCUGGUUCUUCGACACGCUAUCAACCUCUUUCAAGAAUACUACAGAUUACCUGUUACUGGUAAAGUGGACAACGCAACUCUAAGCCUGAUGAGUAAACCGCGAUGCGGUCUACGUGACAUAUUGAAUUUCGGAGAGGGCAAAGUUAUACGUAAGUGGCCGAAACGACACUUGACGUGGAAGUUUCACUUGGCCAACAGAGCGCUCUUGGAUACAACUCAGGCAGCGUUCGAUUUGUGGCAGAAACAUUCGUCGCUAACAUUUGAACGUGCUGUUGAAAACCCAAACAUUCUGAUAUCGUUGCGCGAAGGUCAUCAUAUGUUCCUCGAUCGUCGAAACGGUAAAUUGUGCUCGAGCGUUUUGGACGGUCCCGGCGGCACGUUGGCUCACGCGUUCUAUCCCAAUGGAGCGUCGGAUUUCACGUCGGAGGUUCACGUCGACACGACGGAACAGUGGCAUAUAUAUCUAGAUAUGGGUCCACCGAACAAAUAUAAUUUGCUGUACGUGUUGACUCAUGAAAUCGGUCAUUCGUUAGGGCUAGAUCAUAAUCACGACACUACGACGAUAAUGUAUUCAUUCAUACCUGACAGUACUUUUCCUGUCAAACUAAACAACGAGGACAUUAUAAACAUACAAAAUCUAUACGGCGCUACGGAUACCGACGUGUUACCGAAAACGACUCCCAGACCGCCACCACCGCAGCCAACACCAAGCGUUCCACCGGAUCUGUGCGCCUUGAAACGUGUUGAUGUGAUAUUACUGUUGGAACAACGAAUGUACGUAGCGUACGGAAAACAUAUGUGGGUGAUUGACAUAGAUGGAAAGACCUACAGAGAACCUCUGCUGCUUUCACACUACAUGCCAUUCAUUCAUUCAAACUUCACGCGCAUUUCAGCCGCGUAUCAAACUCCAUCCGAUCACUUGAUUCUAUUCGUUGACGAUAGAAUCUAUAAAGUGAACUACCCAGACUUCAAGCUAGUACCAACUUGGCCGAGAACUCUCAAAGACUUUGGAAUUCCUAUGGAUGCAAAAAUAGACGCUGCCGUGAACACUAACAAAGGAAAGUCUUACGUGUUAUACAAUAGAUAUAUCGUUGGUGAGAUAGACGACUGCUCCGACAGCAUUAGCAGGUAUCACACCAUUGAGUCGACUUUUCCUGGCAUACCAAACGGAGUGACGUCAGUCUUCAGAUACCUCGACGGUAAUCUGUAUUUCACAACUCGACGACAAUUUUACAAAUUCAACGAGUUUACGAAAACUGUACUAACGGCAGGUACAUUCGAUCUACGAAUCGUUAACGUUGUUUGCCCACGAGACGAACUGUUUAGACAAUUGCGCGAUCUCCUAUAUCGACUCACGCGAACAAGCAACAACAGCAAUAACAUCGAUGACGACAACGAGGAUUCAGAUUCUUAA